AUAGGCUCAGUGCCCCGCUCCCGCCGCGCCCGCUGCUCCUUCCACUCGGUGCGAGCUCGCAGCCGCCUGUGCCCCGAAAGGUGGCCAGACAGCGCGGCGAGCCCCGAGGGAUCGGUCCCCAGCUCCUGCUGCGCAAAGCCUCCUGCAGCAACAGAUAGUGUGCAGCAUCGCUGCCUACUAGGGCAGACAUUGAGCUGGAUCUUCUCUCCUGCCUGUGUGACAUCACCAUGCCAUCCAGCUGCACCAACAGUACUCAAGAGAACAACAGCAGCCGAGUGUGCCUGCCCCUCUCCAAGAUGCCUAUUAGCAUCGCUCACGGCAUCAUCCGCUCCGUUGUGCUGCUCAUCAUCCUUGGUGUAGCCUUUGUGGGUAACGUAGUGCUGGGUUAUGUAUUGCACCGUAAGCCACACUUGCUGCAGGUGACCAACCGGUUCAUAUUUAACCUGCUUGUCACUGACCUGCUGCAGGUUGCUCUCGUGGCCCCCUGGGUGGUGUCCACUGCCAUUCCUUUCUUCUGGCCUCUCAACAUCCACUUCUGCACUGCCCUGGUUAGCCUCACCCACUUAUUUGCCUUUGCCAGUGUCAAUACCAUUGUGGUGGUGUCGAUAGAUCGUUACCUGUCCAUCAUCCACCCUCUUUCCUACCCAUCCAAGAUGACCAACCGACGUAGUUACAUUCUCCUCUAUGGCACCUGGAUUGCAGCCUUCCUGCAGAGCACACCUCCACUCUAUGGCUGGGGCCACGCCACUUUUGACGACCGUAAUGCCUUCUGUUCCAUGAUCUGGGGUGACAGUCCUGCCUAUACCGUUGUCAGUGUGGUAUCCUUCCUCGUUAUUCCACUGGGUGUUAUGAUUGCCUGCUAUUCAGUGGUGUUUGGUGCAGCCAGAAGGCAGCAAGCUCUCCUGUAUAAGGCCAAGAGCCACCGCUUCCAGGUCAGAGUCAAGGACUCUGUGGUGCAUGAGAAUGAACAGGGAGCAAAGAGGGAUGAAUGCCAGGACGAGAAUGAGUUUGAGGACCAAGAUGAAGGUGGUCAGGAAAGCACCAGCAUGUUGGAUGAGGGUGCCAUGGUAGCUGAGAACAGCAGCAUGAAGACCGGAGCAGGAAGCCUGGAUUUCUGUGCAAGUAUCCUGGCGGCUAUGGGCAGUGAAGAGGUCAGUAAUGGGAGCAUGGAGGGGCUGGAACUGAGCACUGAAAUCCAGGCUAGCAGCGCAAAGGCAAACACGGACCGCAGAGAUGUCAAUCAGUGCAACAUUUACGUGGGCGAAGAUGACGUAGAGUUUGGCAUGGAUGAAAUCCAUUUCAACGAGGAUGAUGUCGAGGCAAUGCGUAUUCCAGAGAGCCGUCCACCCAGUCGUCGAAACAGCACCAGCAACCCACCUUUGCCUCCAUGCUAUGAGUGCAAAGCUGCUAGAGUGAUCUUCAUCAUCAUUUUCUCCUAUGUGCUGUCUCUGGGGCCCUACUGCUUCCUGGCAGUGCUGGCUGUGUGGGUGGAUAUCGAUUCCCAGGUACCCCAGUGGGUGAUCACCAUAAUAAUCUGGCUUUUUUUCCUGCAGUGCUGCGUCCACCCAUAUGUCUAUGGCUAUAUGCACAAGAGCAUUAAGAAGGAAAUCAAGGAGGUACUGAAGAAGUUAACCUGUAAGAAAAGCACCUCUGUAGACGAUAGCCAUCCUGAGCUUCGCGAAACUGAAGCUGGCACAGAGGGAGGUACUGAAGGCAAGGCUAUCCCCUCUCAUGAUUCGGCUACUUCACCUUAAAGUUAGCACUAAGGCAAACUUUAAUUGUACACAAAAACAGAAACCAAGAGCAGCUUUCUAUUCAGCGCACCGCCCACAAUCUCAUUAGUGCCAGUGCUUACCAUUUCAGGCAAAGGUGUUGCACACGCAUCGUUUCCCACCACAUGGCAGAUAAAUAGAAGGAAGAAGUAGGGACUUGGAUCUUUCCUGAAAAGCAUGGACUUAGGAUCCCCACCAAAUAUAUAGACAGAUAUACACAUAUUAGGCUCUAGAUUUCCCAAAGCAAGGGCUAUCUGCUUUGGAACUGUUCGUGGUAUUUUGCCUGUCUCCCCAGAGCUAUCACAUGUCCGCUUUAGCUCUGAGAAAAGGAAGUGCAAUGCUUAUGGACAUAAGGACUGCUUGGCCUUCAGGUCAGGAACUCAUGGGUCGGGGCUACAUUAUUGUGUUCAGCUG